AUGCCCAUGGAGCAGUUGAGGGACCGGCUCAACCCAGAGGGGGAGGCUCCGCGCUCGGCUGGACUGCAGGGGGAUGUGCGCCUGCUGGACUGGACUGGAUCACACCGAGGACCGAGGACCCACCAGCGCUCAGUGUUCACCAAACCUCUCCCCCUGAACCCUAAUCCUGUCUAUGAAGGCCUCGUCUCCUACGUGCAGAAUGGACCGGUCUGGUGUUGGCUGCAGAAUGGAGACGGAUGCGGAGUGACGGAUGCCCGAUGA